AUGUCGCAGGCAACUGCUAGGCCAGGAGGCCACAUAGGCCAGCCCCCACUCCUUCCGGCCGGUCUCCCCAUCACGGGCGGCGCUGCAGCUAUCAAACAAGCCUUCCAGAACCCUAACGGUCCCCCGCGCCACAGGGGGAGCAUGCCUCCUCCCACACUCCCCGUCCCGGCUGUCCGCUCGAACAACUCGAGCGCGAACUCGCGGCCCAAUCUCCCCAGCUGUGACCAGUCGAGUACCUCCCGGCCGGGCUUUGAGGAGAGAAUCAAGUCGCCACUCCAGGAGAGCAGAGGAGGUGGCAACGUGGACAUCAGCGACGUCGAUGCCCGUUUCGAGGACCUCCUCGACCAGCUUGAGGUGCCAACCACGGUACGGAUGAAGUUUGCGACUGUGAACAAGGAGGUCAAAGCGUCUAUUCUCUCAUCGAGUAUGACCUCUAACCCAGCCCUGCUCGCGACCUUAGGUCUCCCGCAGCCUACCAAGAAGCAGCCAAAGAACAAGGCGUCGAUGCCGAAGUUGCGCCAGGCCAAGUCGUCGUCGGCGCUCAAGCAGCAGCCGCUCCCCAGUCCCCGCAGAGGCGUUGGCAGCACUUGCAAGGUACAGGGCGAGGAGUUUGUUAUUGUCGCUGGGGAGCCUGGAUCCCAGCGUGGUGGCCACGGACGGGGAUACAGUGUCGACCUCCCCGCUCCCAACCCGGCCUACAACAGCAGACCGUCAACUCCUCGAUCGCGGCCAAGCUCCGCAUUCCUGCCCCAGUCGCCGUCCAGGCGGGGCGAGAACAUGGGGCCUUCUGAGGUUCCCAAGGACUAUGUCCAGUGGCUCUCGGCCUCCAAGGGUACCGACCUCACCAUGGACGUCAACAAGGCGAAGAAGUUGCGGAUGCUUCUCCGCCACGAGACGACCGGAUGGGUGGCCUCGUUCCUCGACGCAGGUGGCUACACCCGCAUCCUUGACCGUCUCCAGGACCUCUUAGACAUUGAGUGGCGCGAGGAGCAGCAUGACGACCAGAUGCUAUACGAGAUGCUGCGGUGCGUCAAGGCGCUCGGCACCUCCGAGGUGGGCAAGCAGGCAUUGCGGGGGGCGCAUCCUCGCCCAUUCCCCGCACUGUCGGGACUCCUCUUCUCCGAGAAGAAACCCGGAGAGCUUGCGUGCCGGCAGAUCAUUGUCGAGCUUUUCCUCUUCCAGUUCGAGCUGUACAACAGGCAGCCUCCUUCUCCAGUUAUCCCAACCGGUCGCCCAGCAACACCCAUCCCAACCUCGUUCAACGUGACGUACUUUGUGCGCCAAUUGCUCCUCCCCGAGGGCGACGACAAGACCAAGGAUUACCACGACUUUGUGCAGGCGGCACACCGCCCCCGCAUCUUCAAAGCGUGGGUGCAAGAGCUGAGCGACAUAUGCCGCGACUACUUCUGGAUCAUGUGCCACGCAUCCAACACACUGUGGCAGCUGAGCGAGGUGGAUGAGAAGUUAGUUGAACGGCCAGUGGCCCCAGGAGGCGCAACAGGUGGUGUCGAGUUCGAGGCAAUGGGUUACGUCACGACCCACUUCAAGCUCAUGAACUCGCUCGCGUCCAGCCUUGCUGAGGAGAACCCAUCAGACGCACGCCAGCUGCACCAAGAUUUAAUGAUGAGUGGCAUGGACCGCAUCCUGGUCACCAUGCGCAAGGCAUCGACUACCUACUACCCCACGCUCCACCUCGAGCUCGCGCGCUACGUCGAGAUCAUGCGCCUCGCGUCUGGUGGCAAGCUCCCCUACCUCAUCGGCAAGCUCGUUGGCCCGCCGCCAGAGGAGCUGCGCAGGCAUCGCAGCGCGAGCGAAUGGCUGCCCCGUCUCAAGCUCGACUCGCCUGGCAGAAGCCCUCGGAGACCCCACAGCUAA